AUGUCUAGCCAGAAUGCUGCAGUGUUGCUAACGAGGCUUCUAUCGCUACGGGAAAGUUCUUCAUUCCACUUGGUUUUGGACUCGCUAACGCAAUCGUCGUAUUAUUUGGUUCGUGAAUAUAUACAUCAUCAGUAUGGCCAUCAGCAUGCAAACGAGGUUAUAUAUUUAUCAUUUGAAACUGGAAAUCGGCCUCAAUGGGCAACGGAGUUUGUAGAUUGUACCGUGGAGUCACAGAAAGAUGCUGUACAAUUUGUGAAAACUUACAUCAACUCAUUGUCUGCUGCGAGUAGGUCAUCUAAGAUAUUGAUUAUUGUGGAUUCUUUGAAUCACCUACCAAACGAACAUGUAAUUCAGUUUGUUACAGGGUUAGUUGCUCCAAAUGCAGUAGUUGUUGCUACGUAUCAUACGAGUUGUGUUGAGCCCUUUGUCAAGUACACCAAUUACCCAUCAACCAUUUCUUUAUUGACUUAUUUCGCCAGCACAAUAUUCGAAGUAGAGCCAAUAUUCAAUAGCUCAGUUGUUGACGACGAAGAGACCUUAGAGAGGCAAGUUGCGAAAUUGAACUUCCCCGCUAAUGCCAACCUCAAUAGCCAAGUAUUCAAGUUGGUGCUAACGAACCGAAGAAGAUCAGGUCGAUCCAUCGUAUACAAGUUCACAAUCGACUGCAAAAGGCAUAGUUAUGAGUUAUUAAAGGAAAAAGAAGAAGAAAAUUACAAAGAGGAUGAAGAAUCGUUGUUGAAAGAUCUAACAACGUUUAAUUUGACAACUAGCUCUAAGGAGAAGUUGGCUCGAGAGCAAGUCGAAUUGCCGUUUAUGCAAGCGCAAGAAGCAUUGGGGUCUACUGCUGGUGGUGCAAUUGUCUACGAGUUUGAGAAGGAUGAUGACUACGACGAAGAGGACCCAUAUGAGGAUCCGUUUUAA